UUCCUUUUUGGAUGACCGUCGACGAGCCCACGACGGGCCAGCCAUGCGGUGCUAUCUUCUCGCUUGAGAGAUACGCCCAAGGAAACGUUUCGUUGCCACCUCCGACGGUAGUGGUUCUGUGACGUCGUAAACGUCGUACGAUAAUUGUGCUUGGUUGGGUCGUUGGAAAACAGGUGCUUCUGCCCGGGGACAUCUUGCAAACGGAGGCCGAGAUGGCCAGCCAGCAGAUCAAGAAAAAGAAAAAGACACUGGACAAGAUCAGCCUUCCCAACUACUCUCAGCAGGAUACCAGCACUUUCCGAACAAGUAUGCACAUGGAGCUUGUGGAAGCUGAAAACGACGAUGCUAAAGAGGAACCCCCUCCUUCCAAGAAUGCGAGCACGAUCGUUAUCGAGACGACAUUGAAGAGUCCGGAAGCCAAGGAGAAAAAAGAGGAGAAGGAGACAAAUGGCGAGCAAGGGACCUAUAGGAAUAUGGGCCCGACCUUUAAGGCCAAGGCAUCGAAUGCCGUAUGGAGUCCAUGGAGCAGUGAUAGGAGUACAAAACCACAGGACAUGGAACAAAACGAUUCUGCAGAAACUGCUGCUAGCGAUAACAUAACGAACGGUGUGUCCAACGAAAGGGGCGAUGACAGACCUUCCUUCAAGCCGGUCAAGUUUAGCCCACUACCGGUCCGGUCGCAGGCAAUAAACGAGGCCAUGUCAGUCGACUCGCCGUCUACAGUGUCUUCUGCUACGCCGAGUGCCACGUGGAGUCCCGUCAUCCAACACAAAAAUGAUGAGAGCAGCAAAUGUUCCGAGGUGUCUCCCACUGAACACUCCACAAGCACUGCCAUGCAAAUCAGUCCUCAAGUAACCAGUGGUACAGAAUCCCCAGUGGGUCUGUCGCGGAGUGGUUUGUCACUGCCUCACUACCAGAACCCCACCAUAACACUACUUCAGAAGGCAAGAGAAGGGCACAUUCCACGGGGAGCUCUUUACAUUGACGAACACCCGAGAGCACAUCAUAGAGAAAUGGGAUAUAAUGAACCGUACAUCUACGAUGAGAAGACAACGGUAGACGGAGACCAGGUGCACAUGGACACAUAUUACGCGAUGCGGACCAAGCAGGACCUUGGGAAAACGAGCACGCUUGUGAAGGCGCCUUCCAAGUAUGAGGGCAUUGGACCCACAGUGAAUGGAAUACCUGUCAGUCUACGAACUGAUGCACUUGGUGAGCAGAAUGUCAAAGAUGAAUAUGGUAGUGACUGGUACAAGACAAUGUUCAAGAGGUUGCACAAGCAUGGAGAAAACGGGUCAUUCACAGUUGGCUACAAGAGGAAAGGAAAUCGACACACAGACGGGUACAUGUCAGAGCCCGAGUUCAGCAGGAACACCGAGAAAGACACACCUAUGUUUGGAGGACGAAGCGCCAAGAGGGCGAUCAGCAGAAAUGCUCCCGGCAGUUUCUCUACUGACUCCUUCAAGAUUCAACCAAGGAGCAUCACAGAGUACGAACCUGGGCAUUCUUCGAUUGCCGAUCGUGAAGCUGUGGUUUCUAGGUUCUUGCCUCCGCUGGAUGCGCCAAAGCCAAGCUACACAAUGAGUGACGGGUACGAGUCAGACUCUACACUAAUCCACAAGUCUGGCCGCUCCAUAAACCACCUGGAUCCCAAACAGCAGAAGGAGUGGUACAGGGCCAUCCAACGUGGAGAGGACAUUCCCUUUGAAGGGUUGGGCAAGCCUGCUCCUCGAAAGCCAGUCGAACCAGUUAUUGGACCGUACCCCCCGGACAAUUCAGAUCUCGACGAAUAUGAAGCUCAGCUACAUCGUUACCUGGACACCGAGGUGAACAUUCACUACAAGAGCCCCGUGCACACGUUGGAGAAGGAGUACGUGGAAGAAGACGAGCUUCGUCGGAGGCAAGAGGUUGCCAUGAGAAAAUUCUACGAAGAAGAAUUUCACAAAAAGCAGAUGCAGCAGGUUGCAGAGAGGGAAAUGCGACGACACAAUGAUUUCUUCACUCCUUCACAGAAGUCUCCCAUACCCCUCAAUCGUUACGAGAACACAUUUCAGACGUCGCCAAAGUUUUCUCGGUCGCAUGCCACCCGGACGUUAGCUCGCGUCCUGUACAACUUCACGGCACAAUCUUCCAAAGAGCUAAAUUUGAGGAAAGGAGACCUGGUGUACAUCAUUCGCAAGCUCGAUCGAAACUGGUACGAAGGGGAGCAUCACGGCCUGGUUGGCAUCUUCCCCGUCAGCUAUAUUGAGGUAAUCCCUCCAGAAAAUGCACAGCUACAACCAAAGAAGGCCCUCGAAGGAUUGGCACGGGCAAAGUUUAAUUUCUGUGCGCAGACGCCCGUAGAGCUCUCGUUUUUCAAGGGGGAGACUAUUGUGCUGAUGCGUAGAGUGGAUGCCAAUUGGUACGAAGGCCGCAUUGGCAACAAGAGAGGCAUCUUUCCUGUCUCGUACGUGAACGUGGUUACGGAGCCCCAAGAACUUGCUUCUUCCAUCUCCCCCAAGCCUCCUGCAAGCCCUGUCUACAGCCCGCUUGUUAAUGGCGGUUCUUUGCACAAGAGGCCUGCACAUUACAACUAUGAGGAUGCUCCACCUAGCCAACCCAGGGACAUGACACGCAGCACUGGCCUCCACAUAGAUACCUACAAUGACCCAAUCUCCUACCGGGUGCUAUACCCAUACAAGCCCCAGAACGAAGAUGAGUUGGAGCUGUUUGAAGGGGACACAGUGUAUGUCAUAGAAAAGUGCGAUGAUGGGUGGUAUGUUGGAUCGUCACUCAAGACUGGACUCUUUGGUACCUUCCCUGGAAAUUAUGUGGAACGUCUAUAAGACAAAUAACCAGCACUUGCUGACUCUUAGACGGAGGACACGUCACAUUUCUUCACCAUACAAGAUGGCAUUCGAACCGCAAAUGUGGUUUGGGUAUCAUACUGGCGUUGCCCAGUAGGCGUUUGUUCCUGGUAUACCAAGUCAUGUUUUAGUCACAUUGUACAAAGCUGAAGUUUAUUAUUAUUAUUAUUAUUACUACUAUUAUUAUUAUAUGUAAUACAUCAGGUAUUAUGCAUCAGUUGCACUACUAAUGAACUUUUAACUCCAAGUGUGGGCCGUUGAAAUCUGCACACGCAUAGCCACAUCAUUGGUCUGGCUGAAGCAGUUUACGAAAUGUGUUUGAAUUGACUCUGUCCCUUUUAUUCGCACGGAAAAGUUUUUACGGGACAUUAACACAAAUAACAAGAUUUUAGUAUUUACACUGAUGGAUGUUUUACCUCAUUGUCACACACUGUAGAAUCCAUUUAACGCGGCCAAUGAAACCGGUACUCGACGGCAGCAGAGGAGAUUUAUCGCUAUUAGCUAAGCGAUAGCCCCAUAUAUUACCUGUGAAAUUACAAGGUGUCUUCGGACAUUGAGACGAUACUGCCACGCGUGUAAUGUUAAGCAACGUCUGGCAAAUGCACUGUUAUAUCUUUAUUACGUGAGAGAGCGCACAACUGUGACAGUAUCCCCGAGAUGUCAAAUGUUUGUGAUCAGCAUUUUACGUACGGUUAUAGUAUACGAUGUCUUAAGGGACGCGCAGCUUAUUUAUUAUAGGGAGGUAUCCUGUGGGGAGAAGUGAUGUUUUUAUGGUCACUGUGGCACUUUGUACAGAAAGUAUCCGUUUUGUGACGCCAUGAGAAAGUGGGUACAGUUCAUUGCUUGUGAUGUACAAAGUAAUUUAUUCUACACGACAGGUUGCACAUGCAACGAGCAGCCACCUCUGCUGUUCAUAAGCGCCGUAUUGCAUUUACAGGACUUCAGAAUGUAAAAGUACAAAAUUAUAUUUUCCAGUAUAACUGAUAGGCUGCCGUAUCUGGUACAUCUGUGUAUAAUACGUACGGUAUGAAUUUGUCCGAGCUGGAACGCCAGAUUCGUGUGCCUACAUUGCAUUUGCUAAAUGAGCUCUUUUUUGUAUGUAUCAUUUCUAGAUAUGGCAGCGCCCUCAAGUCAAAAGUCUAAAGGUGGACAAAAAGUAAAAUCUUGGGUGUUUGAGAGAAAUAACGCGAAAUCUGUAACAUCAGUUCUGCGACCCUUCAAAUUUAAGCCUCUUGCAUCUGGUUUCGAAUCACAGUAAAAAGUAACAGCAGGGUAGAUUGACAACACUGAAACAUGAGCAUUGAGGUUAUUCCUGUCUCAGUGCGUUGAAGUAUUUUACUUGCAAUGUCAGAAAUUCAAGUAAUAUCUUCUUUUAGUCUCUCUAGCUUUCAGUUCAUGCCAAAUGGUAUUGAAGGUGUACACUGUUAUUCCAAACAUAGCACCAUUUUUAUACUUUGCUAUGCUCGUGGAAGUGACUUCGGUUUAAAUAGUGUACUAGUAGCAUCAAGUAACGCUUGUAAGUAAAAUCUCUGAAGCUUCCUGUACUAAGAGUAUAUUUUUGCUGCUUCACAAUACCUGUGUGUGCUUCAAGCAAGUGUGCCUUUUCCCAAAACGAUUUGGCAAUAGCAAAGUUAUUCUUGGCACAAUGCCAACUUUAGUACCCGUCCAGCAUAGUGUAGGCUUGCCUUAUGCUUCUGAAAUGCUCUUUCCCUCAAAUUUACCGAGUAUCAUGUGAUACAAUGUUCCAUCCAUUGUAUGCAUCGUUAUUUUCUCUAUUAUAUACCAUGCUACUUGUUUUUUUUUUUGCAGCUGUUGAGUGCUAAAUGUUUCUUUUUUUUUUUGCCUUUCUUGCAUGUAGGGAAUUCUAGCUGUCUGUACAUGGUUGCAGAGAGUCUACUGGCACUCAUUAGCGAUUUUGAGGUAGAAAGAUGGAGUUAGGUGCAAGUUUGUGACCGUGGAAUGUGCUGUGUCGCAAGUGGUGCCAAAGAUCGCAUUGCAACGAUAGUGAUUGUGCAGUUAUGCUUUGAAUGUUGUAUACUGUGCAUACUCGCUGACCUGCCAGUACCAUUCGCAGUCAGUGCCUACUAUGCUGCAUACCGUAUUGAAAGUUUGUACCGGUGCACAUUACCGAGAAAUGGUCAGGUGGUAAAGGCCGCAAGUGCCAUUGUAUGGGGGGCACCCCAGAGAGUAAGUUGACAAAUAAGCUUGCACGGAACUUACUUUCUGGAUGUGCCUCAUACGAUACACGCUGAGACACUCAUUGACUAACAUUCCGCAGCAUUAUUUCUGGUGCAGGUAUUGUCCCUUAAAGGAGCAUGGAAGAGACUUGGAACACAUAUUUUUUUCACUGAAUCAUACGAGCAUGCUACCAACAGGAACCGUCAUGCAAAAUAUUUCCUUUGGGCAGUGCAAAUUUACUUAGAAAAUUGCUUUGCAAGAGAGCACGCAGCAGAGAUUACCUCGCCAAGUGGCUCCUCGCGUCUCGUGAUGUCAGGUCGCAGAGGGCUCUUCAUUGGCCACCAAGAAUCAUCUGCUAGCGCGAGCGACUAGUCGGGAUGGGAGAGGGGCAGCGCAAAACGCUACUGCAAAGGAAAGAAAGAGAAAAGGAGCCGCUCGCCUCAGUAUUGGUGAGGCACAUGACGUUGCAGAUCCACAGUCGAGGAGAGCGGGUUUUCUGACCUGCGAGAUUUAAAGCUCUCUUGCGCUCCAGGAUUACGCGCUGCACUCGUAGUUUUUGUGCGAGUGUGUGCGCCCCAGGGCUUGUAUAAUCCUAAUUUCUAGUUCUCCCAAGAUGUUUGUACUCGAGUCUUUCCACACUCCUUUAUAGUUGCAAAUCAGUGACCGAGGUUAGUCAGGUUCAGAAACGUAAAAUGCACUUAUAGCAUUGCACCUUGUGGUCGUGACCUCUUUUGAGCCUUGCUGUGCAUUAUGGCUUAUAGUUCACAGCUGGAUUGCUUGCUAUGCCUAACUGCUGACAUAAGGCUCUCUGUGUUUGGGGGAGGUUGCGGUGGCCUGAGUGCCUCAAGGCGUGACACGGUUUGGUCAGUAUUACAAAAUGUCUCGUGCAUUUUUACACGUUUCGUAUUCAGGGCAGCAAAAUGAGUCGCACGAACUAAGUUCAUUCAUGGUGUCGAGGAACACAGAAAAUUGUCGUGGAUGAGCUCCGAAUCAUUUUUAACCAGGAAGCCGUCACCAAGCUCAGCUAAUCGUUGGCACCUAAGGGGUUAAAUAACGCUUUUUGUGCUGGGGGUCUCACUGCCCAGUAAAACCCCCCAGGCGGGCAGAAUUGAUUCAUGUACAGCCAGUGUGACGUCGCUCAUGAUCGUAGUUGUCUCGCCACAUAACCGGAAAUUGCUGUCAUCAAAAGAUAACUCUUACGGUUUGUCUUCCUGUGGAUGUGUCACAUCCCUUUUGGGUUCCUCGAUAACGUGCUACGAUCAUCACUGCCUAGCGCCACUGCAGUGACAUGGCCAACAAUCUGAGGAUCGAAGCGCUGUUUUGUCAGAGAGCACGUAAGCAGACGUCUGUCUCCUUUAGUAAGCCAUGAACCAUGUCCAAAAAUUUUCUUCAAGCUGAACAUGCUAGCACUAAAAGUGUGUUUUGAGAAGUGCUUCCAGCGGAGGAAAUACUGUUUGAUUUCCAAAGACUGCAAAUCUAGCUCAGCCUUUGAUGUCAUGCAUGCAAGGUUCUGUGGCAUGUAAUGACAUCCAGCUAUAGCGCGUUGUAGGCAUUACACCUCUGACGUAACAUUGCAUCAUUGUGGCGUGUUCUUGUCAGUGCUCUUCAGCUUGCAUCCACGACUGAAAUUGCAGCUUCUACCAAAUUUUAAAAGCAUUUUGGACUGCCUCCAGAGUUCCUCUAACACAGCUAUGAAAAAAAACAAAAGAGCUGUGUUCACUGAAGCACCUUUGUCCUCUCCUUGAAUUUGUUCCUUCUCAUGGAGCAGGAGCAUGGAAGGCUCCUCCAACAUGUGUUCCUUUUUUUACUGCAUGAUAUGAACGCAAGAAAAUUAGCGCGAAAAUUAGUUAAUAAAAGUGGGCGCAGUGGUGGCGCUCUCUCCCAGCUCCUCCUCGCGUGUUGUGACGUCAGAUCAUCCAGGCACUUUAAUUGGCUACCGAGAAUCGUCUGCUACGGCGCGGGUGCAAGGCGGCCGGUCGACUGCUCUGCUCCAGACGCCGGGCAAGCUGCGCCAAAUACAACCGAAAAAAAUAAAAGAUGGCGCGUGCUUCGCUAUUGGGCGGACGACGUGACAUCACAGACUGACAGCCGAGAGAAGGAGCUUUUUUUGACCCGCGAGAUUGAAAGCUCUGUUGCGCACCAAGAUUGUCCGCGGCACUCUACAUUUCGUGAGAAUGUGCGUCCCACGGCUUGCAAUCCCAAUCUGUACUCCUGAUAUAUUUCUUUUUUGCCCUUCCAUGCUCCUGUAAAGAGCAGCCGUUACCUGUAUUCAAGUAGCACCUACAGCAAACCUGAUGCACGUCAAGUAGCUGGUGUCCUGUACGAUAGUUCUAUGCAAAUGUAUUUAUGUACAAUAGCACUAUAUUCAUAUGAGAAGUAUUCUACCCCUGUGUACACUCGCUGGUACUCAAAGUGUUAUUGAAGUGCCUGUGCAUUUUUGUAGCCCAAAAAUCGGUUGCAGUAUUUUAGUUUUUCCUGCAAUUUUAUACCUAAAAAUCUAGUCAAAGAAAGUUAUCGUGGACAUGUGUUAUUCUUAUUAGAGUAUUUUAUCGUUUUGUUGGUCAGCAGAAAGCGUAAAAUACUGUGAACGUGUAGUUCUGAAUACAAAUAAAGAAAGGUACCAGUUA